AUGGAUAUGCCCCGGGCAGUAAAGGCACAGUGUCCCUGGCGCCCAUGCCUCCUCAGCUUGCUGCUGCAGCUGCUCUUUGCCCUGGGUUUCUUCUCCUACACCCGAGUGUCCUAUGACCGACCCGGACCCCCAGCUCCUGGUCGCUCCCCAGGACCAGCCUCCACCCCGACUCCCCCUGCCCCCAGACCCCUCCUCAUCUUACUGUGGACGUGGCCCUUCCACAGACCAGUGGCUCUGUCGCCCUGUUCCAAGAUGCUCCCGGGUACCGUCGACUGCCAGCUGACCGCGAACCGGAGCUUGUACCCCCACGCAGACGCGGUCAUCGUCCACCACCGCGAAGUCAGCGCCAACCCCAGGUCACAGCUGCCGCCUCUGCCGAGACCACCAGGCCAGCGCUGGGUGUGGUUCAGCAUGGAGUCGCCCAGCCACUGCAGCCGUCUGUCAGCCCUGGAUGGCUACUUCAACCUCACCAUGUCUUACCGCAGCGACUCUGACAUCUUCACGCCCUAUGGCUGGCUGGAGCCGUGGCCGGAGCCUCCGGGCCAAAUCCAGGUCAACCUGUCUGCCAAGACUGACCUAGUGGCCUGGGCUGUGUCCAACUGGAACCCCAGGUCGGCCCGGGUGCAGUACUACGAGAACCUCAAGAGUCACCUCCAUGUCGAUGUGUACGGUCAGGGACACGAACCGCUUCCCCAAGGCAACAUGACGGAGACAUUGGCCAGAUACAAGUUUUACCUGGCGUUUGAAAACUCCCUCCACCCGGAUUACAUCACAGAGAAGCUGUGGAGGAAUGCUCUGGAAGCCUGGGCCGUGCCUGUGGUCCUGGGGCCCAGCAGGGAGAACUACGAACGGUUCCUGCCCCCUGACGCCUUCAUCCACGUGGAUGACUUCAAGAGCCCAGGGGACCUGGCUCGAUACCUGCAGCAGCUAGACAGGGAUAGCCUGAGCUACCAGCGUUACUUUCGCUGGAGGAAGAUGCUCAGGCCUCGCUUGGGGAGCAUGGCCCUGGCCUUCUGCAAGGCGUGCAGGCAGCUGCAAUGGGACCAGAAGUACCAGACGGUCCCCAGUGUGGCCUCUUGGUUCCACUGA